ACACAGAACGAAGCUAAGUAUUAGCGUUUGUUGUUAUAAUAUAGAGUGCAUUGUUUUGUGCAAUUGGGAAGGUGUAGAAAUGAUUAAAAUAGUACACACGUGAUGUGAUAUUCAGCAAACUUUUAAUUAAAUAUAAUAUUCAAAUGCUUUUUAUAGGUGAAAUGUAUGAUAAAGAAAUAAGACUUCCUGUGGUUUUACGCGUAUUUCAUAUAUGUAUUGUAUAUAUAAUAUAAUAUAAUUUGGUUUUAAAGUGCUAAAAAUUCAACUUAUAAAAACUGCUUGCAGAUAUGUAUUCAUUUUCUACUUCAACAUAUUGUAUUUGCGAAAGCUGAAGUAAGCUCUAUGGUUUAGUACGAAAAUUUCCUUACAUAAAAUCAAUUGUAUUCGUAUUGUUGUUUAUAGAAUAAUAACAACAACAACAACAACAAUAAUAAUAAUAAUAACACAAGAGUACGUAAAAACAAAUCACAUACAGAAACACAAGGCAAAUAUUCGCUCAGCAAAAAGAAGUGAACGAAAUGCGAUUAAUUCAGUGACCGUAGCGAUAUUGUUUAAGAAGGAGUAUUGUGCGGCUGCAAGGUUGUGAUCUUUGCUUUAUGCUUACAUAUCGCGAUCGUAAAUAAUAUGUUUGUGUUAUUUGAAUUGAUAUGUAUAUUUCUUUAAAACAUAAAAAAAGAAAAACAAGCAAAUAAAAUUUACAGUUAACAUAAAUAAGGUCGUUAAAGUUUAAAUGAAAAAACGAUAAAUUACCUAAAGAAUUAUGACAUGGAAGACAAGUAUAAUAAAUUUCUAUAUGUGUUCUAUACCACGUGGAGUAUAGAUUUUUUAUUGUGUUUUUAAUAUGCUAGUUUUGUGCUAGUCUAUGUUGUGUUGCUGCCGUAUUCCCAGCAUAUAAUAAGAUAUGAGAAAAAAACAAAAGUGAAAAAAGAAAGCUCAAUAAAAUAGUUUUGGCAUUAGUUUAUUGUAUUAUGGCAUUAUUGAAUAAACUUUUCUUUCCGUCGGCAACGUCAGCACCAUCAGCACCAACGCAUUCAACCCCAACUGCUAAUAAUAAAAGUUCAUCAUCGUCAUCAAGUGCAUCUUGGCCGUCAUCGUCAUUGAAUGCUAACAGUAAACGUCAGCACACCAGCGCACAAACAGUGCACUCAAAAAAUUAUUUAAGUCAGUUUCCCUUCGAUGGACGUCAAAUACGAGUGCUCCUCUAUAGAGAAUGUGACAGCAGAGGUCGUCGACUGUUGUUUGAUUCGAAUGCUCUUGAGAAAGUGUUUUUAAAGGAACCGAAUGGCAAUUCGACGAAAAAUGAGAAAAACACACGCGCUGAAGAUAGACUAUUUACUCAUAAUGGCAACAAAGAAACCUCUAAGCACAAACCAGAUAAAGGACAUUCCAAUAAUUUCAUCGAAGUGUGCGAAGAAUAUGGCUAUGUGCAUAAUCGGCCGAAUUCCGAAGAUAUUGCAAUUGUUGGUGGAAUGGUAUUUGGUGAGUUGGCGUUGUCGUUUCGCGGAACAGCGUUUAAAGUACAUUGGUUGCAGGCACCGUCACGUAUUCUUUGCUCCCAAGUGUUUUUGGCUCCAAUAGGUGGAAAUGCAGUUAGUCAUUCUCCAUAUUCAACAUUGUCCAUGAAUAGUUUACUGAUAACACCACGUACAUCUAUUUGCAGUGAACAUGGAUCAAUGGAUGGCCUUUCAAUAAAUUCCACUUCAAUGCCAUUCUCUGUUAACGUUGGCCGUCACAUGAGUCUAACUACUAGCGAUCGUAGUAGUGGAAUAACAUGUCCACUUGAUGUGCCUGAUCAUCAAUCAGUGUCCACUUCAACGGAUAGUGGUCCUCGGUAUUCAUCGACCUAUAGUACAGUUACUGAUUCAGGUUAUUCUGGCAUGAGUAGAAGUCAAUUAUCAAGUGAUCAGUGGUCAGCUUCAUAUCAGUAUUCAACGCGAAGUAGCCUGGGCUCAGUAGUGUCAGAGCAGUCUGAUGCCUUACGAAAGCUCAGUUUAGAUUCAUCGUAUUUUCCCACAGUUCCACUUUUUGCUGAUUUCGCUAGUGAUGGUAGUUUACAGCGACGUAUAUGCCGGAAUCUGCGCACAUCAUUUGAAUAUGAGAAUUCAAUGAAUGAUAUAAUUGGAUACAUAAGUGAUAGUCAUCCUACUGGAAACGCAACAAGCGGCGGAAGUGAAGGCGGUAAUAUGAGUGUGCUAAAUUAUAGACGUGCUAGUUAUUGUGCAAAUGAGUCGCGUAGUAAUCCUGAAAUAGGUAAACGUCGCGACGCUACUAUAAGUAGAACAAAAGGACGUCGUGCCAAACUUGGUAUUGCUGUUUGCAUUACAAUGAGUGAGUCUUUCGAAGAGGAAAUGGAACUUUUUUGCAGUGAGCAUGUCGCAUUAUUAGAAUCUAUGUUAAGUCGAUUGCGUGCACAAGCAGAACGAAGCUAUAUAAAUCAUGGUGAUUUAUUACAGAUUAUGUAUCAAGCUUGGCAAGAAACACAGCAGUGGUUUAAUGACUUAUUUACUGCGCCCAGAAUAAAGUGUCCAGUAUGGUUAAGUAUUACUACUAGUGGUAGUAAAUAUUCCAAAAAUGUCGCAGAACGAUUUAUGAAAGAACUUUGUUGGUUGCUCUCUUUAGCAGAUACAAAACACACAAAUUUUUUUAUUAGCACCAUGUUGACUGCUAUACUAACAUAUCAUUUGGGUUGGGUAUCAACGGUAUCCGCGUUCAACUCAUCAUCAUCACGUACUGAAACAUCAACAGCCGCUAUUGAGCAGCGUGCAAAACUGCAACAUAUAACGCAAAAGUUUCCAUACUGUGCUUUAUGGGCACAACUAGUUGAUAUAUUGGGUGGCCUUGGACAACCUCCGAAAUUGGCUCGCACUAUUAUUUAUGGUACUGACAGUGUAUCUGUUGAACGUUUACUAAACGUACUAACGUAUUUUAUACGUUGUGGUGAGGUGCGUCGUUCUGCUAAGCGUGAAGAUUUCAACAAAGAUCUUAUCAAUUCCCUUGUCUGUCAGAAUAACAAUGAAGUUUUGAAGAAGUCAAGUAUGCCUUCAAGGAAAAAAACUGCUGAAGGUGGAAUGACCCGUACACAAACUUGCAAGCAAAAUCUUAAUACGAUCUCAGACAGCUUUGAGUCAGAAGGCAGCAGUAGUGAAGAGCAAUUUGAAGCUUAUGUGCGCACACUUAAAAAAAAUGAAAUUCCUACUGUUUUAGCUUUUCGGGAUUCUCGAUUUGUUCAACAGGAAUUACGUAUUGGUAAUUAUCUUAUGGAUACGGGCAUAGAAAAGAGUUCAUUGUUAAAAAAUCAAGAGAGAAAGGCACUAAUCAGCAAGGAUAGCCAGAUUCGUUUAACAUUAACUACACCUGAUAACGUUGAAAUGUGUGUGGAAGAUGAGAGUACCUGCUGUGGUGAUAGCAUUGAUGAUGGAGCAGUAGAAGCUAUAGAAAUUGAUGCUGGUGAGAACGAAAUAAAUCAAGAAAACAUUAAACGAAUAAGUACAAGUAGUAGUAAGAAAAAUUUCUUUUGGAAAAUGGUACCUCCUUCCGUAAAGGAAGGUGUUAGUUUAGAUGGGAUCGAAAACGUAAUGAACCGUAGAUCUUCUAGUGUAAGUAAUUUUAGCGAAAGUGGUGGCUAUGAGUAUUCAGAGAAAAGAAUAUCAGGUCUUUCGCUGUCGGAUCUCAUAACGCAAAAUAGUAUGGGUAAAAGUGAUCGCAUGACAUGGGGAAUCGAACCAAUCAAAGAAAACGUUAGUCUAGAAGAACAGAUACAUUUUGAUUUCUGUCAGAAACUAAUAGAACGAGAACAUGGCAUAUGUAGAAAUAAUGAAAAUGAACAAGGGGUGUUUUUUGUUUUGGGUGAUAAUGAGCCACUUGUCAAUAUUAAGAAAAGUACUGAAGAUCUAUCAGCGGAUGGAUGUGAAAUGAAGCCCAUUAUUAAAGAAAAUGUUCAACAAACAUUAUGUCCAUUACAUUCACGUACACAUGAACUUACGCAUUCCAAAAAAUAUUCUGGAGUUAAAUUUAAUUUUGAACAAUAUCCAAACAUUGCAACAAACUAUAUGAAAAGUAAAAAUCUGAUGGUAUCAAAUUAUGAUUUACUAAUGGAUAAGUGCACAAAACUGGAAGAUAAUAUAGAAAGUAUUUAUGAGCCCAAUAAGACUACAGAAUGUAAUGUAAUCAGCAAAGUCCCUACAGCUGCAACUAUUUCUUGCGAAGUUUGUAACAGUAUAUUAAACUCCUAUGAGACUCCGUCCAAUGCAACCGAGCUCGAAUUCGAAACAGAUGAUGUGCACAGCUUCUCGAAUAUGACUACACCACAUUCAAGUACUAGAGCCUUAAACUCUGUCAGUUCAGGAACAUCGAUUGAUACGCUAAAAUCUUCACCACAAAAUAUUGAAACAGUUUCCAAUGAAGAUGGAAAAAAAGUUGAGACGGAGUCAAUUCCAAAUACACCAGUUUUAAAACGAACUCCCAUAUUUAGUGGAAAACCAAAGAAAGUGUUAUCACAUCGUAGUUCCAUUUCAUCUGUUGCCCAAAAAUGUGCAGCCGUUAAUGAUGCAGUACAUCUAUUAAAGCUGCCAGUGCCGGGUAUAAAAGAGCUCCCGCAAGAUGAUGAACCUGUAGGUGAUAUGAAACUUCGAGCUGGUUUUAUACCGUCACUAUUCUUAAAUGUAAACGAUCACUAUGUUUCAGAUAUGGUAUUACAGGGUACUUUUGCAUCACCUAACAAAUGGGAAAUGAGAUUACGUGAAGAUCUUGCGCUGGCCGCACAUUCUGCUUCACUUAUAUCAUUACCAGCUGAAAAUAUAGCAAUUUUAGCGGAUAUGGAAAAAUGGGAAGUACGUCUAAUGUCGUCACAGUCACAGUGUUUUCCAUAUGCGGGUGGACAAAGUGCACCAGUUGGAAUGUCACUAUUAGUUUCAUCAAUGUUAGAAACUGUACAAGCUAUGAAUAAUGCAGGCAUAUCUGCUUAUGAGUGUCUCUCGUUCUUAGAAGCUAAACUGCAGGAAAUUUAUUUGCAAUCAGAAACUUUAGCUGCUUUUUUAUUGGAAACAGAUUUUUGUCCGCUUAGCGUGGUGACUGCUGCACUGAAUCUCUCUGAAAACGAUGUACCGCUGUUAUUAUCAAUAGCAUCAAUGCAUACUCCUCAAAUAAGCAAGAAAUGUGGAAUCAGUUUUAGAUGACGACAAUAUGCGUUGUAAAAUCAGCUAUUAAAAUCAAGCUGGAUGAAACAGAGUGUACAAACAAGCAACAAUAUAUGUUGUGUUGUAUCAAAAUUUUUAUUACACCACACGUUAUAGAUAGAUCCUCUUUAAUACUCUUACGAAUUUUCGUCUCAUAGUUACUAAAAAAAGAUUUUGUGAUAUUGUAAGUCAUAAGUUAGAGUGAGCAUCCAGCAGAAGUGAUGCACUUUCAUGUUGAAUGUCAGGUCAGAUUGCCGGAAAGUCUAAAUAUAUUGAAAUUAAUGAAUGCAUCAUAAAAAUAAUUUUAUAUAACUUAUUUGUAUUUAAAACUACAUAUAAUAGAAAUUUUUUUAAACAAUGAAAUUAACUUUCACAACGAUGAACUGAUUGUACGUAAUGCACAAGCUUAUAUACAUAUGUGAUGAUAAGCAAAUUUGUAAAUAAUAAGUAUAAUAAUUAACGUAAAGCAAUUUUUAAUGCAGUAAUUUUGCAAAUUUUUUAGUAUGACAAUAGCGUCAAAUAACGAAAGUAUUGUAUACUAGAAUUAAGUUGUAAGUUAAGUAAGUAUUUAGAGGUUUUCUCAUUUUUACCUUUAGUGCGUUAGUUAUAAUAAUGAA